CUGAAAUACUCUAGGUAGGAGCAGUCGCGUACGACGCCGCUUCAUAGGAGUGUGAAGCAGGCUGUACAAUACGAUCGCCUAUGCCCUAAAACCCUUCCUUCCCCAGCUGAGGCUCUGUGGCUUUUGCUCUCAAAGCUUCGCCCUAGCGUCCGUCCGUCGUCAUCUUCCUCCUCCUUUACAAUGAAGCUCGUUAGGUUCCUGAUGAAGUUGAACAACGAGACCGUGUCGAUUGAGCUCAAGAACGGCACCGUUGUUCACGGCACCAUCACAGGUGUGGAUAUUAGUAUGAACACACAUUUGAAGACAGUGAAGCUUACACUGAAGGGCAAAAAUCCAGCGACUCUGGAUCACCUGAGUGUGAGGGGUAACAAUAUUCGCUACUAUAUUCUUCCGGACAGCCUGAAUCUCGAGACUUUGUUGGUAGAAGAGACGCCUAGGGUCAAGCCCAAGAAGCCGACUGCAGGGAAGCCUUUGGGACGUGGCCGAGGCCGUGGUCGUGGUCGCGGACGUGGCAGAGGCCGUUAGUAUAUGGGCCUUGUUGCUAUUUUUGGGACUUGCGUUUUCUGUAAACAACCAUGUUGUGGGAGGUAGCUUUUUAUGAUGAUGGUUGUGAAGUGUUUCCUGAACUUUCUUGGAACAGCUGGAUCUGGUGCCAUUCUCCUUAUCAUCUGUAAUUGUGGUUUAGAUUAGAUUUUCGAAUGAGAGAUUAGUGGAUGAGUGUGUUGAAUGACUCCAUAACUUCGAUUCUCCUGGCAUUUGCAGAAUUGGAAUUCUCGUUGUACUAAUAUGUUAGAUUAUCUCCAAGUAUCUCGUUAUGAA